ACAAAGCGUGAUUGGUUUAAUCGAAAUCGUUACUCCCUCUACGGUAUUAAUUUAUGGAAACGGGAUUACGACAGCUCAACUUUGCUCUUACAAUUGGUGUUUAGCUUGAUCAAGGAUUACGUCCAACGUCCGAAGUAUGCAGCGCUUCGCAAGACCAACCUCUUUUUCACAUAUGACCGGCAGCCAUUUGAUGUUGGUGAUUGGUAUCGCACUGUGCGAUUAAAUCCUGCUGCUAACCACAAUGAGGGUCGUCAUACGCCCAUCUCCCCAGCAUCCUCCACCGUCACUCUUAGUCCCGACGGCAAUCGUAGUUGGCUAGACUCCGAAAUAGAUGCUCGUCGGAAUAAUCAGCGUGAGACUUCAUUAACCCGGCGCAGUCCCGCUCCUCUUCCCUUUGAUCCGCCAAAUCACCUGCUGUGGAAGGAAUAUGUUUCUCCCAACUGGCAAAAAUCUCUAGUGUGCAGUUCUGCGAGAUCGCAGACUCUUCCACCACCCGGUGCCUCAUCUCUUCGUCACGCUUCCCCGACUCCGCCUCCCCUUUCAAAUGCUUUUGAGAAGUCCGGAGUUCUCGGUUCCAAUUCAUCCGGUUUGUUCGCUAUCUAUGUAUAA